ACAGGAUUUCGUACACCUCGGAAUGCUUAACAAUCAAUGAAUGUUAUCAAUGGUUUUGUCCGCAUUACAGAAAAGCUCAGAAGAAAAUAGGUGACUUUCGCCUGAUAACAGUGUUUAAAAUCUGUGGCAAUAUCAAACUUGAAGAAUAUGAAGUGAAGUCAACGAUCUACAUAAAGUUUGGAAACUGCACUGCCGCCAUGAUGGUAUCCACACUAGGAAUUGUGAUGACCUUAUGCACUCUUUUUGCGGGAUCAUCGUUAGCACAAAUUGUAUCCGUAUCUACAAGUAUUGGGGUUAUAAAUGGAAAAAUCGAAAAUAUAACGUUUCUAGGCAAAUCGUCGACAUUACAUAGAUUUCUUGGCAUUCCGUUCGCGGAACCACCUGUUGGCGACCUACGCUUCAAAAAGCCAGUUCCAAAAGCUCCACUGAGGGCACCGUUAGAUGCAUUUGCUCACAACAAUGCUUGCAUGCAAGGGCACCAAAGACAAAGUGUAACCUAUUCUGAAGACUGUUUGUACCUAAACAUUUAUGCCCCAGAAAGGAAGAGUCCAGUCGAGAAAUUACCCGUGAUGAUAUGGAUAUAUGGAGGCGCUUUCGCACGUGGAGAUUCAAGUAUGUACCUUGGAGAUCGCUUAUCUGUUCAUGGAAACGUAAUACUUGUCACGUUAAACUAUAGGGUAUCUAUAUUUGGAUUCUUAAGUACAGGAGACAGUGUCUCACCAGGAAAUUAUGGACUGUGGGAUCAGCAACUGGCUAUAAAAUGGGUUCAUGACAAUAUUGCUAGUUUUGGUGGAGAUAUUGAGAAAGUAACUAUCUUCGGACAAUCAGCCGGGGCAGGUAGUGUUGUCUAUCAAGGCUUACAUACCGGAAAUAAAGGGUUGUUUCAAAGAAUCAUAGCAGAAAGUGGCAGUGUAACACCUUGGUGGGCCAGUACGGAUAAAAAUUUACAGUAUGCUAAAUCUAUAGGAUCAAAUGCGAACUGCAAUAUGGACACUUCGAUGACACUCCUCUCAUGUCUAAGAAACGUACAGGCAGACAAACUGAUAGGAUUAAUUGCUAAUUCGUCCAAAGAGGACCAACUUCCACAAUAUCCGUUCCUUCCUACAAUCGAUAAUGACUUUAUAAUGUUUGAUCCAAGGCGUGUUUUUGAUUUAGAUAACCAACUGUCACGUGAUGCAGUAAACCUCUUCGCGGAAUUCGAUUUUCUAACAGGCGUAAAUGCUGGAGAGGGUGUAGGUGGUUUAUAUGAAAUGUUUGGUGUUAACGACAUGAUGUCUUUCAUGCCAAACAGAACAGAUUUUAAGAACAGAUUAGUACCUAUGUUAGUACAAGUAGAAUACGGUGAACACGUGCCCUCCGUCUUGAGCAAGAUGAUCACGAUCGAGUACACAAACUGGACGGAUCCUGACAACCCGUUAAAUGUUAGAGCGGAAUACCUCCGAAUGCAUGGAGACGCUAGCUUCAAUGCCGGAAUGUACAAGACAUUAGACACACACUCAACAAUAACACCAACAAAGAAAACAUACAUGUACUAUUUCGAUAUAGAGCCAGAAACACGUUUAUGGCACGGUAUUCCAUGGUACCAUAAAGCAAUUCACGGGGAAGAACUCGUUUUUGUUUUUGGAUACGACAUCUCAUAUAAGAAUCAAACACUUUCUCCCAAGAAAUGGGAGAUGGACCUUUCCUCAGACAUAAUGACUCUCUGGGCAAACUUUGCAAAAACAGGUAAUCCGAAUUCCCCUGAUGACAUCGGACUUCACUGGCUACCGUACAACACUGACUCUCAACACUAUCUGCAUAUUACAAGAAAUUUGACGUCAGCAAAUGUUAAACAACGGUGGAAUAUACGACGAGCUGAAUUCUGGCUAAAUCUAGUUCCGGCUAUUUUGCAACCUUCAGCCUGUAGCAACCUCAAGCCCUAAUUGAAAGAGAACAAGGCAGUCUGAAAGACAGCUAAAUCCCCCGCCACUGCUAUGGAUAGUGAAAGGGUAAAACCUUUGAUUUUAGCUGUGACCUUGACCUUGAACUGACACGGCUGACUCAUGAAUUCUGCACAACGUCUUGAUG